ACAACCACCAUCGCUAUUCUAAUACCAAUCAUAAAAACGGGCGAACCUCCACCAUCCGCCACCGCUACCGUCGUUGCCAUCACCGCAUCGGACAAGCAAGGACGAAGACCAUCAAAAGACGUCUGACUAACCUGACAACUAAAGACGAGGACAACGCAAGGAUGACGACAACAGCAAAGUUACAAUAAAAAAAAAUAAGAAAAAGACUCUUAAAAGCCAACCCGCCAAUUUUGCCCAAAAAUAAAGACCAAAAACCCAUUUUUUUGUAUCCUAAAGCCCAGUCAACAUCAUUGUCCCAAAGUAAACAAAGAACGAAAGAAAGAAAAUCAAUAAGCUGAAGGAAAAAGAAAUCGUCUAUAGUUGAAUGUAACUCAAACUAUUCCAAGGCAGAAGGACACAGAAUAGAGGGUAUAUCAACCCACUCUGGAGGCCUCGACUGGAAAGAAAAAAAUGAAUAAGCUACUCCUCGCACAAUCACAAAAUUGGUUCUUCCUGGCUGCUGCAUAAAAAAUCAUUAAAACCGUUAUCCCGUGUCCGUCCAUCAGCACAAAUAUUUACAGAAAAUCAACUUCAAAAAUUCCCUGUGCUAUCCAUCCACAUCCACACUCACGUCCACAUCCACAUCCAUCCAUUCAUUCAUUGAGUUCUUCUUCCAAAGAACAAGGAUCAUCCGUGGAAUCCUCUUGCAGUAUACCUACUAUAGAGCGAACGACCAUCAAAGUCAAACAAAACGAAAAAGGACGAACACACACAAAAAAAAAAAAAAAAAAAUCUCAACCAAAAUUAAAUUGGACUGGAUAAAGAUUGCAAAACAGGAACAGGAAGGGUUCAUCUUCUGCUUGACCUGCGACAAUAAAGUUGUUUUAACAAAAAGGACAUAUUUCAUUCACCUUUCUUAUCUCACCCACCGAGAGAGAGAGAAAGGAUUACAGGACAUCAAGCAAGAAAGAAGGCAUUAUUAUAAUAUAUAAAUUAUAACAAAACAGACAAAGAAAGUAAGCGAAAGCGAGAGAGAGAAAAAAUGAGACUUCCGUAUCGAAAUAAGAAAGCUACCCUAUGGGUUAUGUUCGGGAUAGUUGUUGUCACAAUGUUUGUGUUCAAAUUUACGGAGCUGCGUCCGACGUGUUUGUUCAGGGAUGACCAAGAGUCUGUCAUGGUCAGAGAAGAGAAAUAUGUAAUGGGCGAAGACCAAAAAGUCUACUCCUACAACAGAGAAAUGCCAUUAAUUUUUAUUGGAGGUGUGCCCAGAUCGGGGACAACACUAAUGCGGGCCAUGCUCGAUGCACAUCCAGAUGUUAGAUGUGGCCAGGAGACACGUGUUAUUCCAAGAAUCCUUCAGCUUCGAUCGCACUGGCUUAAAUCGGACAAGGAAAGUUUGCGACUGCAAGAAGCCGGCAUAACCAAGGAAGUCAUGAACAGUGCCAUUGCACAGUUCUGCCUGGAGAUAAUCGCCAAGCACGGGGAGCCAGCGCCACGGUUGUGCAAUAAGGAUCCACUCACUCUCAAGAUGGGUACCUAUGUGAUAGAACUAUUCCCAAAUGCAAAAUUCCUCUUCAUGGUUCGUGAUGGUCGGGCGACAGUGCAUUCAAUUAUUUCACGGAAAGUCACGAUUACUGGAUUCGAUUUGACGAAUUAUCGGCAAUGCAUGGCAAAGUGGAAUCAUGCGAUUGAGGUUAUGCACAACCAAUGCAAAGAAAUAGGGAAGGAACGUUGCAUGAUGGUCUAUUACGAACAACUGGUGCUUCAUCCCGAAGAAUGGAUGAGGAAGAUUUUGAAUUUCCUAGAUGUGCCAUGGAAUGACUCAGUGCUGCAUCAUGAGGAAUUCAUAAACAAACCUAAUGGGGUGCCACUGUCUAAAGUGGAAAGGUCUUCAGAUCAAGUUAUUAAACCAGUCAAUUUAGAGGCAUUGUCAAAGUGGGUAGGUCAAAUUCCGGAAGAUGUGGUACACGAUAUGGCUGACAUAGCACCAAUGUUAUCGGUAUUGGGCUAUGACCCAUAUUCAAAUCCACCGGAUUAUGGUAAGCCAGAUGCUUGGGUACAGGAUAAUACUUUUAAGCUAAAAGCCAACAAAAAGCUAUGGGAUAAUCGUGCCAAAGAGGUACUCCAACUCCUGCCAGUCGAUAAGGACACAAAAUCAGACGAGGAUAGUUUAAAUGAUUUAUUCUCAGAUGUUCGUUUGCAGCACCAACAACAACAACAACAACAAAAAGAAGACGAAGGUGAUACACUACAAGCCGAUACCAAACCAAAGGACUCACAAUUAAAAUCGAAAAAACUCACCAUCGGGAAAACAUGAUACCGAAUUCCUAUUCGUAUAAACCAUAAUAAACAAUUUAUUUAAGUUUUUUUUUUCUUUCUUAAUAAAUAAAAUAAAACAAACAAAAAAUUAAAUAAAGUAUAAUUAAAUAUUGAUUUAAAAAAA